AUGGAAAAGCGCUCCAUCGAGCGGCCCUGGCUCCGUCGUGGUGGGCUGCCCCUAACCCGUUCCAGCGCAGAUACGGGCACGUAUGGAUCCCUCGCCUUGGCCAAAUCGGUCGCUGUGAGCCCGGAUUCGUCAAACGAGCACAAAGUCAUCACAGUCUGCUAUCGAUUCCAGACACUCGCCCGAGAGGAUGAGAAAGCUGGUGAGACAGUCAUCGCCUCGACGUCCAGCUGCUCCAACUCGCCACCACCACCACCACCACAACCACAAGCCCGGCAUCACGUCAGCGGCCCCCGAUCCGACCAUUUGCAGCUCCAUCCGGUGUACACAAACAGCCAAACAUGGAGCCCCUCGAUGCACAAUCGCUAG